AUGAUUUCAUGGCUGCUUCCUUGUAUCUCUCCUCUCCUCCCUCUCUCCUCCCCUCCUCCCACUAUCUCCUCUCCUUCUCCCCUCUCCUCCUCCUCCCCCCCUCUCUCCCCAUCUCCUCCCGUCUUCCCCUCCGCCCUCUCCUCCCCUUCCCCCCCUAAUGCCACACCUAUACAUGAAAUAUAUAUACCUUACUCUACACUGAAAUUUCUUAUUACUUACUUCACUGUCUGUCUCCUCCCCUCCUUCCUCCGUCUCCUUCCCCUCCUCUUUCCCCUCCGUCUCCUUCCCCUCCUCUUUCCCCUCCGUCUCCUUCCCCUCCUCUUUCCCCUCCGUCUUCUUUCUCUUCCUCUUUCUCUUUCUUUCUCUUUCCUUCCUUUCUUCUUUCCUUUCUCUUUCCUUCCUUUCUUCUUUCCUUUCUCUUUCCUUCCUUUCUUCUUUCCUUUCUCUUUCCUUCCUUUCUUCUUUCCUUUCUCUUUCCUUCCUUUCUUCCUCUUUUUUAAUUUAGUUUAA